CGUUCACCUCGGCUAGGACUCAUGAAUGCCAGUCUGCAUACCGACCUUUACAAGAACGGCUUCCCUAUCGCCUGUGCUGUUUGUUUUCGUCAGUACGGUUCCUACGACGUCCUAGUGCAACACAUCAGCCUCCACCAUCCACUCCACUCGACCGAGCCAGUCACGCACCUAAAAUACCGGAUCAGGAACGAGAGACUCCCUACUUUCUACGACAUCUUUAGCACGGAUCAAUAUGCAAAGGAUCGUAUCAGAAAUCCGUGCUACCCAUUCACCGAUUACGCAGAGCUACAGUGGGCACGAUGGAUGAAUGAGCAGAUGAACUCACCCACGAUAGAUAAGUUUCUCAAAGUGGACUGGGUUCGCCGCCAUAUGCCCUCCUUCCAUUCGUGCCGCACACUGCAAUCAUGGAUCAAAACCCAGCCGCCUGGUCCAGUCUGGCAAACAGCAACGAUCAAGCUCGAAGGUUAUACACCUAUUGCUCAUUUCGGUGAACCGAAGGUGAUCUUCCGCGACCCACUGGAGUGUGUGAAGUUCUUGUACAGGCAUCCACUGUUCGGAGCGUUUGCCAGCAUGGGACCCGAGGUUGUGCAUACGCGAAUGGGGCAGCGCGUUAUCACUGACUUCAGUACAGCCACACUGGCUUGGAAUAUGCAGAGCAAGCUCCCGACCGGCGCGGAGGUAGUUAGCCUGCAUCUAGGCUCGGACAAACUGGCAGUCACCAGUCACUUCGGUGACUACGAGAUGCACCCUCUCCUACUGACGUUAGCUGGUCUACCCGCCACGAUUCGCUCAAGAUUUUCCAACGAUGCAUGGAUGUGUGUCGCAUACCUCCCGGUACCGAAGUUCGCUGUGCACACGACCUACCAGGGUAUACUGGCCAAUCGUAUUCUUCACAAAGCCAUGGACCUAGUGACAGCAAAUCUCAAGAUUGUUGCUCGUUUUGGGCAUUCGAUGGCUGACCCGUACGGGAAUGUACGCCUCGUUUUCACCCCUGUUGUUGCUCUUUCGGGCGACCUUGUCGAACACCUUUCCAUGGCGGCGGUUAGCUCGUCCGUCUCCCCUAUUACUCUCGCCACAUCUAGCCAGUUUGGUGACGGCAGAGUGUAUGCGCGGUGCACGAAAGCCCAUACCCUGAACCUCAUUUACGCUGCCUCGAAGGUCGUCGAUGUCUGGCAGUUGCACGACUUCCAGCGAGAAUGCAAGAAGGUCGGAUUGAACGGCGUACACCUGCCGUGGUGGCGUGACUACCUCCUCGCCGACCCAUCCCUCUUCAGUAUCGCUGUUGGUACCCAUGAACUGGAUCGUCGCUUCGCCUCACGACACAAGCACCUUGGCUAUGCUGCCUUGCGACGAGUGUCUGAGGUGAAGCAGAUGACUGGUCGAAUGCAGCGGGAGAUCAUGCGCACAAUCAUCGUCGCCAUCGAAGGUGCCGUUUCACCCGGGUUCAUGUGCGCUAUGCGUGCGAUCCUCGACUUUCUUCUUGCUGCGCAGAGUCCUCGUCAUACCCAUCAUCUACGUACCUUCCACGACCAUAAGAAGGCGAUUAUGACAGCCGGUGGUCCCAAACUCGAAAUCCUAUCUAACUUUGUUCCGAUUAUUCUUUCCCAUGGAGCCCUUCCACAGUGGAGUUGCGACUCCGUCGAACACCUGCUCCAUACUGAAAUCAAGAAGCCGUACAGGCUGUAUACCAAUAAUCGGCGUGCCAACUUCGGUGAGCAGUGCACGCGUCAUCGGGAUCGCGUCGAGAAGAUGCGGAACCUCGAGCUCUACGCGCUCUUCACGAUAUACGGCGCGGAGAUGAGCGAUUUUGAGCUGCAGGAUGCAGCCUCGAGUGGUCUCGCUCACACUCUCUUGGAGCAAAAAUCGCCAGGUACUGGCACCCAGCGCUGCAUCCGUGCAUCGAGGACAACGCGCAACCUGUUUGCCACGGGGUCCUUCGGUGUUCGGAUCGGAUCCAACGUCGCCUUCUAUCUCAACAGACGGCCGAGUGCGACAUAUGCCAUCGACGAAGUGGCAGACGCAUACAACAUCGCUGACUUCCGCGCUGCUCUCGCUGACUACAUGGGCCACCUUAAUCUCGACGCCCGGAAAGGUAAACCUCAUCGCCCUCGCCUAGAGUCGGCGUACUAUCAGGAUGUCGGGCUUUACCAUGUGUGCGUCUGGGAGACGUACCGGAUCCAAGUGCCCUCCGCGUACAAUGGCGCCGCCCGUCCUCAGACGCUACGGGCGAUUCCACCGAGUGCCAAAUAUUCUUUUGGGAUUCUCAGAGCAGACGGAAAAUUGCGGCGGGCUGGCCCCCUGAUUGCCCAAGUGCGAGUUGUCUUCGAGGUAGUCCCUCGCGAAGGCCAUGUCCUCCCCGCACGCCUGCGCGUACCACUUUGCUAUAUCCAAGACUUCGAGUUCGCUGACGUCAAUGCGCUUGGAGACCCCAAGAAGGCCGCGAACAUCCUCAUGUACAGGCUCAAGCGGAGGUGCUACCUCGAUGCCGGGGGUGCAGUUCAGCGUGGAGGUGAGGUUGUUCCACUGACCGCAUAGUACGACCUGUCGACCUGUCUCCUGUGCACGCCGGGCCUGUGAUGGAUCGCUCACUUGACGAAUCGUCUGCGCUCGAGCUACCCCGUUAUUUCUGGUUGAAUGAUAUGUGGGAUGUGGGAGUUUACGACACACUCGCUGCGGCCUAGUAGCAUCACCAUUGAAUGUAGUAUUUCUCGAAUCAUUCUCGCUAUUCAAAAACUGC